GCCCGGAGAACGCGCCCUCAGAGCGUCUUCCGGCGGGAGCUGAGCGGCUCCUUAUCAUGGGGACAAUUCAUCUCUUUCGAAAACCACAGAGAUCCUUUCUUGGAAAGUUAUUACAGGAAUUUAGACUUGUGGCAGCUGACCGGCGGUCCUGGAAGAUCCUUCUCUUUGGCGCAGUAAACUUGGUCUGCACUGGUUUCCUGCUGAUGUGGUGCAGCUCCACUAAUAGCAUAGCUCUAACAGCUUAUACUUACCUGACCAUUUUUGAUCUUUUUAGUUUAAUAACAUGUUUAAUAAGCUACUGGGUAAUGAUGAAGAAACCUAGCCCUGUCUAUUCAUUUGGAUUUGAAAGAUUAGAAGUCCUGGCUGUAUUUGCUUCCACUGUCUUGGCACAGUUGGGAGCCCUCUUUAUAUUAAAAGAAAGUGCAGAACGCUUUGUGGAGCAGCCUGAGAUACACACGGGAAGAUUAUUAGUUGGUACUUUCGUGGCUCUUUCUUUCAACCUGUUCACGAUGCUUUCUAUUCGGAAUAAACCAUUUGCUUAUGUCUCUGAAGCUGCUAGUACGAGCUGGCUUCAAGAGCAUGUUGCAGAUCUUAGUCGAAGCCUGUGUGGGAUUAUUCCUGGACUCAGCAGCGUCUUCCUUCCCCGGAUGAACCCCUUUGUUUUGAUUGACCUUGCUGGAGCGCUGGCUCUCUGCAUCACUUACAUGCUGAUUGAAGUCAAUAAUUACUUUGCUGUGGACACUGCUUCUGCAAUUGCCAUUGCCCUGAUGACAUUUGGCACCAUGUAUCCCAUGAGUGUGUACAGCGGGAAAGUACUACUCCAGACCACACCACCUCAUGUUAUUGGUCAGUUGGACAAACUUAUCAGAGAGGUGUCCACCUUGGAUGGAGUUUUAGAAGUCCGAAAUGAACAUUUUUGGACCCUGGGUUUUGGCUCAUUGGCUGGAUCAGUACAUGUGAGAAUUCGCCGAGAUGCAAAUGAACAAAUGGUUCUUGCUCACGUGACGAGCAGGCUGUGCACUCUCGUGUCCACCCUGACUGUGCAGACUUUCAAGGACGACUGGAUGAGGCCUGCCGUGAUGUCAGGGCCUGUCGCAGCCAAUGUCCUGAAUUUCUCUGACCAUCAUAUAAUCCCAAUGCCUCUUUUAAAGAACACUGAUGGUGUGACCCCUGUCACAUCCACUCCAGCUAAACCUAGUAGCCCACCCCCAGAGUUUUCAUUUAAUACCCCUGGGAAAAAUGUGAGUCCUGUUAUUCUUCUGAACACACAGACAAGGCCUUAUGGUUUGGGACUUAACCACGUAUACACACCCUACAGCAGUGUGCUUAACCAAGGACUUGCGGGGCCAGGACUCGGAGCAGCGCCGGGAUUCAGGACUGGUUACACAAGCAUUCCAAGUAGACAUGGAAACAGCAGUAGAGUGGGGCAGCCCUAACCGUGAUGUACUGUAACUCAUUUUCAUGAAGAAUAUGGACGGACUCCUUGGCUUGCAGCGUGUUUAGUAAUUCAACUUAAACCGACUGUUCUGUCAUUUACACUAAAAUGUCCACAUACGGUAGGCUUGUUCAUAUUUCAUGAAAUUUAUAAACUAUAUUUUUGUAAA